AGUCCCUAUCGAUUUUCCAACUCGAACAGAAGUACGACUUUAAUCACUAGCAGAUACAUACAGCUAUUUGAGUGAUACAUGGUUAGACGUUAGACCAUGCAAUCACAAUUCAGCGACAAGUUAAUUUCUGAGAAUGAAGUCGAGGCCCCGUCCACGGCCAGCGAAGUAAGAUACAGCGGUCCAGGCAAAGGCGAUACAAACAACCACCAUGUGGUCCCGCUGGGAAUCCUCAUGGUACUCUGCACAGUGUAUCUCGUGGCUGUUGGGGCCCAACGAUACUAUUUCGAGCCCGGCGUUGCUGCCCUCGACCUAUACAGUUCCGAUGUUUCUCUCGACGAAGGCUAUCCGGAAACUAUUGAGGACAUGCCAGUAAACUACCUGAGAUGCGCAAAGCUGGAAAUCUUUGGAAAAGAAACCGCACAAGAUAGUGACAGCACUCCGUCUGGCAACCAAAUGGCCAAGCCACCCCAGUCCAGGGCUGGCAAACGAACUAGAAAUGGACCAGCUGGAGGCGGUGCUAGUAAGCGUCCUCGCGGGGGUAAAGCUGUGGAGAGCAACAGGAAAAAGCAGGAGCAACCCAAGAAGAGCAACACAGCAGAGCCCAUAAUAUAUCUGUUUGCCCUGGUCUUUAUUUAUCUGCUGCUGAAAGCUGCAUCCGACAUUAAUCAGCACUACAAGUCGAACAAAGGUGACAAACGUUUGCGCCGUUGUUCGUUGCAAUCCUAUGCACAAAUACAUAAGCAGGAUCGGAGGGCCUCAAAAGUACUCGAAGAGUCACCGAUUUUCCGGCGCAGGCACAUACUAUUGGGAGAGGUGCGGGCCUCGUCGGUCGAUCGCUAUAAGUACACACUGAACGAGGAGGGAACCCACACCGUGUGCACCCCGCGGACACUCUAUCAUCAGCACAGGGCUCCAGCCGCAUCACCGUUAGCAUACAGACCGGCAGGAGAUCGAGAUUCUGCAGCACGCACUGAGACGCGCCAAAAUCGCCGCUCAUCCGUCCCCAUCAGCAUAGACUAUCAAACAGUUCAUGUAUCAAAUAUCAGUCCAUAUACUUCCGAAUUGGCCAGACGCGGCUCUGUUAUCAGCCUCACAGGUCCGAAUCAGCCAAAUGUAGAUCCAAAUGCUGUGUCCAGUGGAACACUUGAUCCGAAACGUCGCGUCCGCAUGAUAAAUCGUCAUUAAAUCCAGGAUUCAUUCAACUCAAUCAAUCCUUCAACAACGAUCAACAAGACAAUCAAAUCAAUAGAAGACAACAGACGACAGUUUUUUCCCCAUAAUAAUUGGAUAAAUCAUUGUGUCAUCAUAUGUUUGUUGUUGUUCUUAAUGCGUUUCUUUUAAUCAGUUAAUUAAUUCAUUAAGCUAUAGUAUUAUUCAAGUAUUUUAAAACGUACCCGCCCAUGCAAUCGGGAGACACCAGAAUUUGUACACACUUUUCCCGUAUUGCACAAGCGGCGUGCGGCAGAACGAGGAAAAUGUAUUCCCAUCCAUUAUGCCGAUUUCUAUGGUACAUUAUUCUACUUAAGGCAAGAUUAAAACCAUCUUAGGAUAGCGUACAGCGUAUUUUGGAGCUCAGUACCUACAACAUUAUCAUUAACUACGAACUAACCUACAAUCUUGUGAUGCUCAUUGCAAUGACAAUUACAUACGUUUAUGUAUCUUCGAAGCGGAUGACAGGGUGUAAGAAAACAUUAGUUACAUAUUUAUACUCGUAUCGUAUUGGAUUGUUGAGUCGGAAACUUUAUUUUGGAGAUAGAGUAAUGGAAUUUGGCCUGCAAUCAGCAGGGGCACGAUGUGGCUUAGAUCUAGUACACUACAAGGAUAUUCUACAAGGAUUCUUCUUUAUCGAAUUU